UGGAAGUGGGUUGACUUCCAAAGUUGAAGUGCAGAAGGAGGUCGGUGUCCAGAACCCGACAAAGAGGCGUUUGCUUGCAUAUCCACAUUACACCCUCCUCGUGUGUGCGUGGAAGUUGAGAGAAGAGAAGAGCCACGCGAGUCGACGCUUGCACUACUCAGAUCAACCAGGAGUGUGGAAAGCGGUCACAAUGACGACGACAAUCCCUAAACCGCGCGGUUUAGUCCGGGAAGCCACGCACCAGAUUAUCGCCGGAGGCUCCGCAGGUCUGGUGGAGAUCUGCUUGAUGCAUCCUCUGGACGUGGUGAAGACGAGGUUCCAGAUCCAAAGGGGAACUGGCGAUCCCAACAGUUACAAGAGCCUGGGAGACUGCUUCCGCACUAUUUUCCGCAACGAAGGAAUAUUCGGCUUCUACAAGGGAAUUUUGCCCCCCAUCGUGGCCGAAACACCCAAGAGGGCAGUCAAGUUUUUCACCUUCGAGCAAUAUAAGAAGCUCUUGAAUUUGACCCCUUUGUCUCCGGGCUUGGCACUGUCGGCAGCAGGACUCGGCGCAGGCUUGACCGAGGCCGUUGUGGUCAAUCCCUUCGAGGUGGUCAAAGUCAGUCUGCAGGCCAACAGAGACGCCUUCAAAGAGCAACCGUCCUCUUUCGCUCAAGCCAGACGGAUCAUCAAGACGGACGGCUUCGGACUGAAAGGUCUGAACAAAGGGUUGACAUCCACCUUGGGACGUCACGGAGUCUUCAACAUGAUCUACUUUGGUUUCUACUUCAAUGUCAAGGACGCAAUUCCUGCCAACCCGGACCCCACUCUGGAAUUUCUGAGGAAAUUCACCAUCGGCCUGGUGUCAGGAACAAUCUCGUCCUGUGUCAAUAUCCCUUGGGACGUGGCCAAGAGUCGCAUCCAGGGCCCACAGCCUGUACCUGGCCAGAUCAAGUACCGCACCUGCUUUCAGACCAUGGCGCUGGUUUACCGCGAGGAAGGGUACCUGGCACUCUAUAAGGGUUUGGUGCCAAAGAUCAUGAGACUCGGACCAGGGGGCGCUGUCAUGCUGCUCGUCUAUGAGUAUGUAUCUGGAUGGCUCCAGAGGAACUGGUAAAGACAUGACAACCACAACAAACAAAGUGCCUUUUGAUAUAUAUAGCUUUUAGCAGAAAGUCCUCUUUCUUUUUAUGAAGUUUAUUCAAUAUGAAUCCAAAUGCAGUUUUUCAGGUCCACUUGCAUUUUUUUUACCUCAAACAAUACUUGUGAAACACCUGUCAGUAUUUUAAAAAAGUGAUUGUAGUUUUUAAAUGUAAGUAAAUAUAUUUCAAGGAGAUAAGCUUUUUGUGAUCACUUUUUCAUGAAACAUCUCAAAUACACAGAUAUCUAUAUUUGCACUGUGAUUCAUACAAUGAAUGUUGGGACCCAAAAGAAAAAAGCUUCUUUAGCUUCUUUGAUAAAUAUGUAGUCAUUUUCUAAGUGUUUUUAAAACUAUAUAAACACACAUAUACUGUAGACAGGGAGCACCAGUUCUUGCUUUUUAGCUUUUGCAUGACUGAUACAUUUUUAUUGCCAAAUGUGAGUUAGACAAUCUUUAAUUUCCUUUUAAAAACAACUGUAUCUUUUGCUAAAGAAUUAAAAAAGACACUUUUAAACACUUGUUUCUGUCACUUGGGUGUUUUUCGAGCACUUUUUUUUCCACAUCGUGGUGUUAUUUUUUUUUUCAAGCACAUUUUUUUUUUUUUUUACAUUGGUGGUGAUG